UUGCAAAGCCAGAGCGUCCAAGCAAGCAAAGAUUCAAGAAAUCGAAGAAAAUACUACUGUCUCAAACACGCAAACCUCUGACUAUAUAUGAUCUUGUUUACAUAUCAUUUCAUUCAACACCAAAUCUUCGCUUUUGAGCUUCUUUUUUGGGGUAUUGUUCUGCUGACUGAGAUCAGAUGUUUCAGAAAGUAAUGGGAGUGUUCUGCGGUCAGCCUAAAACUAAAGAGAAAGAAACAGCAGAAAAGAAAUGGAAGAUCAAAGGGAAAGUGGUGUUGAUGAAGAAAAACAUUCUCGACGUCAAUGACAUUAAAGCUUCAUUCCUUGAUUGGCUUCAUGAGUUGUUUGACAAACGUGUCUCUUUGCAGUUUAUCAGUGAUGCCCAUAAUGAUCACUCAGCGAAUGACCUGAGAGGGAAGCUUGGAAAAGUAGCAUAUUUGGAGAAGUGGGUAACAAAAAUUACCUCAAUAACAGCUGGAGAUACAGAGUUCGAUAUUACUAUUGAUUGGGAUGAAAGCAUGGGUGUUCCUGCAGCUUUCAUUAUUAAAAAUCAUCAUUACAGCCAGUUCUUCCUCAAGACUGUCACCUUAGAAGAUGUUAGUGAACAUGGUGGGGUACAUUUUGUCUGCAAUUCUUGGGUCUACCCAACCCACCGUUACAAGUAUGAUCGAGUAUUCUUCUCAAACAAGACCUACCUUCCAUGCCAGACACCUGAGCCAUUACGCAAAUAUAGAGAAGAAGAACUCAUAAAUCUGCGUGGAAAUGGAAAAGGUGAGCUAAAGAAUUGGGAUAGAGUGUAUGACUACGAUUACUACAAUGAUUUGGGAAAUCCAGACAAGGGCAAAGAAUACGCACGCCCUGUUCUUGGAGGAACAGAAGAGUUUCCAUAUCCUCGACGGGGAAGAACCGGGCGAAAACCAACGAAAAAAGACCCCAAUUCUGAGAGCAGAUUGCCGCUUCUAAAUCUAGAUAUAUAUGUUCCAAAAGAUGAACGUUUUAAUCGCCCAAAAUUUUCAGACUUUCUUGCUGAUGCUCUGAAAUCAAUAGUUCAAGUUUUAGACGCGGAGUUCAAAUCUUUGGGCGACAAGACUAUAAAUGAGUUUGAUUCCUUUGAUGAUGUUCUUAAUCUCUAUGAAGGGAGAAAUAGCAUUUCGAGUGCGAUCACGAUCAAAAAAUUAAGGAAUUGCAUUCCUUGGGAGAUGUUCAAGGAACUCCUUAGUACUGAUGGUGAGCGACUCGAUAAAUUCCCAAUGCCCGCUGUGAUCAAAGUGUAUAAGGAUGCUUGGAGGACAGAUGAAGAGUUUGGGCGAGAAAUGCUUGCUGGACUCAACCCAGUUGUCAUUAGUCACCUCCGAGAGUUUCCUCCAACCAGCAUGCUAGACCCUAAUGAAUUUGGGAACCAAACCAGUACAAUAACAAAAGAGCAAAUAGAAGAGAACAUGAAUGGGCUCACAGUAGAUCAAGCAAUCAGAAGCAACAGACUCUUUAUAUUAGAUCAUCAUGAUGCACUGAUGCCAUACAUCCCAAAAAUAAACUCAACAACCACAAAGACUUAUGCUACAAGAACAAUCCUGUUACUGCAAAAUGAUGGUACAUUGAAGCCAUUGGCUAUCGAAUUAAGUCUACCACAUCCACAGGGUGAACGUCGUGGUGCUGUCAGCAAAGUUUUCACUCCAACGGAAGAUGGUGUUGAGGGCUCAGUGUGGCAGCUGGCCAAAGCUUAUGUUGCUGUAAAUGAUUCUGGAUACCAUCAGCUCAUUAGCCAUUGGUUAAACACCCAUGCUGUAAUAGAGCCAUUCGUAAUUGCCACAAACAGACAGUUGAGUGUUCUUCAUCCAAUAUAUAAACUUCUGCAUCCCCACUUCCGUGAUACAAUGAAUAUAAAUGCCUUAGCUAGGCAUAUUCUGAUCAAUGCUGGAGGGAUACUUGAGAAAACUGUCUUCCCUGCCAAAUAUUCCAUGGAACUAUCUGCUGUUGUUUACAAGAACUGGGUUUUCCCUGAGCAGGCACUCCCUGCUGAUCUGCUCAAGAGAGGAGUAGCAGUUCCAGAUUCAACGCAGCCGCAUGGUCUCAGACUUCUGAUAGAAGAUUACCCUUAUGCUGUUGAUGGUUUAGAAAUCUGGUCUGCAAUAAAUACAUGGGUUGAGGAAUAUUGUGCUUUCUACUACCCAGAAAAUGAAAUUGUUCAAAACGAUAAUGAACUGCAGUCAUGGUGGACAGAGAUUCGCAAUGAGGGGCAUGGCGACAAGAAAGAUGAACCAUGGUGGCCUGAGAUGCAGACACUAGCUGAUCUUACACAAACAUGCACUAUUAUCAUAUGGAUAGCUUCAGCCCUCCAUGCAGCUGUCAAUUUUGGGCAAUACCCUUAUGCUGGCUACCUCCCUAACCGUCCAACUCUAAGUCGUCGUUUCAUGCCUGAGGUUGGCACCCCUGAGUAUGCUGAAUUGGAGAGAAACCCAAACCUCGCCUUCCUGAAAACAAUCACAGCACAACUACAAACCCUGGUUGGUGUAGCCCUCAUUGAGAUUUUAUCAAGGCAUUCAACUGAUGAGGUCUACCUUGGACAAAGAGAUGCUACUAACUGGACUUCAGAUCCUGAACCACUAGCAGCAUUUGAAACGUUUGCAAAUAGGCUGAAAGAAAUUGAAAAGAAAAUUAUAGAUAUGAACAAUGACGAGAAAUGGAAGAACAGAGUUGGGCCUGUAAAGGUGCCUUACACCUUACUUUUCCCUAACACCUCAGAUAACUCUAGAAAGGGUGGACUCACUGGCAAGGGAAUUCCCAACAGUGUCUCUAUAUAAUUUUAAGGCUGUAAGCUGUUAAAAAAGUAGCCUUUAGUACUAAUUUGUAGUUCCUGAGUGAUUUUAUUAUCCCAAUUUCUUGCUCUAUCUUGUAUGAAACAUACAUAGUUGUAUCUACAAAAUAGCAAUUGAAGGCCAAAUAAAGAGCAAACAUAAGUUCCAUAAGGAUAAA